GCCCUUCAUUGCACCCAGCCACCAAUCUCUCUCUCCCUCUCUCUCUCUCUCUCUCUCUCGAGCACACUCGGCUCGCGCCGAGCUCCAAGGAUCUUGGGCCGCCCAACCAUGGCACCAGCCGCGCCGACCCGCGCCGAGCCGGAGAAGGCGCUGAUGAGGAAGAACGAGGAGCUGGAGAGGGAGCUGCGGGAGAGCCGGGCGCGGGAGGAGCGGGCGCGGGACGAGCUGCGGAGGACGGCGGAGCGGCUGAGGGUGGCGGAGGAGGCGGAGGAGCGGCUCUGCUCGCAGCUCGGGGAGCUGGAGGCGGAGGCCGUCGUGCAGGCGCGGGAGGACCGGGCCCGGAUGGUGCUCCUGAUGGAGCAGCUGUCGCAGGCCCACCGCCUCCUCCAGGCCGCCUCCAUCUCCCUCCCCGCCGCCGCCGCCAAAGAUCAGGCCUGCGCUUGACAGAACAUGCAUGCCCUGAACAUGCACAUCCCUCUCCUGUUCCCUUAUUUCGCCUGCUCUCGAAGGUUGUCGGCAGUGGCUUCUUGCUGUUUUUUUGUUGUAUGAAGUCAGUAAAUAUGGUCGGGUGUGGGAUCGUCCUGCGAGGAGGAGAUCUUGAGUGUCUGUGUGGCUUGAUGGGGUUUCGGCUCUCCUCCAUGAAAUCUUGAUCUUCUUCUUGUUGUUGGGUCGUUUUGUGAAGAUUUGUAGAAAGAUUUGACCUAGUGACAAUUGUAAGCAGUGCAAGUUCUCUUUUCCGUUCA